UCCAAGGAGGUGGGGUUUGGGGUUUCAUGUCUAAAAAAGUAAGAUACUUGACUAAUGAUUUAAAUAAAAUACGGGGUCCCGAGUUGAGGCAUUAUUUACACUGGUCCCCAGUGAGCGACAAGCACCGGCUCUCUCCAUUGUCCCACUGAAGCUCUGAAAAUAGACUUUUGUGAAUCCUCCAAUAUCUAGGGACGCGUCCACAGUGGAGGAUUCGCAAAGCACUAGCUAGAGCGACAAGCACUUGCUAGUGGAAUUGACAAGCAUUAUUUAAACUGGCCCUCCUAUAUCCGUCCAAACUAAACGACAAGCACUAGCUCUCUCCAUCUACAACCACCAAUGCUUACACAUUUCUAGUCAUAUCACCUUCCUCAGAGCCAAUUUGACAAACAGCUUAUAGGUGUCCUUACGAACACAAAUCUACGAUGCCCCUUUUGACUCUUUCACUAAAUACACGGGCCUACACUUCCAUUAUAAAGAUAUGUUGAUUAGACAAAUCUACGAUGCCCCUUUUGACUCUUUCACUAUAUACACAAGCCUACACUUCCAUUAUAAAGAUAUGUUAAUUAGAUUCCCAACGAAGUCCAAAUUUGAGGCUGUUUAAUGCAUCUUCUUCAGCCAUUGCCUCUCAAUCCCCAUUUUCUGUUUUCACCCAUGUUUCCAUUCUCACAGUUCAUGGCUUCCAAGCUACAGAAAUCACUCUGCUUACCUCCAUCACUCCUUUUCCAUCUUAUUCCUCUCAUGGUAUUUUCUGUUCAUGUUCUUGCUACUUCAUCAACCAGUGCUGCUGUACAAUCUCAAGUAACAGAAGCAGAUGCUCUUCUGAGAUGGAAGGCUUCUCUUGAUAAUCAUAGCCAAUCUUUUCUGUCUUCUUGGAGUCCUACUGCUGGCAGACCUUGCAAUUGGUUUGGUAUACACUGCAAUGAGGCAGGAAACGUCUCAAAUAUAAGCCUUACAGAUUCUGGUUUGAAAGGUACGCUUCAGAGUUUCAGCUUUCCAUCAUUUCCCAAUCUUGUCAAGCUUAACCUUAGUAAUAACUCUUUCCAUGGGAACAUUCCUUCCCAUAUUGGCAAUCUAUCCAAGCUCAACGUCCUUGAUUUUUCCGUCAAUGGAUUCUCUGGUUCCAUCCCCCAAGAAAUUGGGAUGUUGAAUUCUCUCAUUUAUAUUGAUUUAUCAAACAAUUUUCUCGCUGGUACAAUACCAGCUUCUAUAGGGAAUUUGACAACAUUGCCAAUUCUCUACAUUCAUAUGAACCAACUCUCAGGCACCAUACCUCAGCAACUUGGAAUGUUGAAAUUUGCCACUGCGAUUGAUUUUUCAGUAAAUAAUCUCACUGGUAGAAUCCCAACUUCCAUAGGAAAUUUGACAAAUCUAUGGGUCCUUUCUCUUUAUGGCAACAAACUUUCUGGUUCCAUACCUGAAGAAAUCGGCAUGCUCAGUUCACUUACAGAACUUGCUUUGUCACAAAAUAAUCUCACUGGUCCAAUUCCAGCUUCCAUUGGAAACUUAACAGAAUUAUCUUAUCUUUAUGUUACUAAUAACCGACUUUCCAAUUCCUUACCUAGAGAAAUUGGCAAGUUGACAAAGCUCACAAGACUCUUUCUUGAAAUGAAUGAACUUUCUGGAACUCUCCCUUCAGAGAUGAACAACUUCACUCUUCUGGAAGUUUUCAUAAUAUAUUCUAAUAGAUUCACUGGCCAGUUACCGCAAGACAUUUGCAUUGGUGGAGGUCUCAAGUCUUUUGCUAUUAAUGGAAAUGAUUUCACGGGUCCCAUCCCAAGAAGCAUGAGAAAUUGUAGCAGGUUAAUGAGGCUCCAUCUUGAGGCAAACCAACUCACUGGAAAUAUAUCUGAAGAUUUUGGCACGUACCCAGAGUUGAACUUCAUGGAUUUGAGUGAUAACAGAUUCUACGGUGAGCUUUCGUGGAAAUGGGAAGGUUUCAGCAAUUUGUCAACGCUGAAAAUCUCGAAUAAUAAUAUUUCUGGGAUAAUACCAGCUGACAUUGGAAUGGCAGCUCAAUUGCAUUUGCUUGAUCUCUCAUCAAAUCACCUUGCAGGGAUGAUUCCAAAGGAAUUGGGGAAGUUAAGCUUGUUCCAACUUUCCCUCGAUGAUAACGAACUUUCAGGUGGCAUUCCUGAAGAAAUUGGAUUGUUAUCUGACCUUGAGCGUGUUAACUUGGCAGCUAACAAUCUAAGUGGACCAAUUCCCAAAAAACUUGGAGAUUGCUCAAAGCUAUUGUUCUUGAAUCUCAGCAAGAACCAACUCUCAGAGAGUAUUCCUGUAGAGCUUGGAAAUUUAGGCUCUCUUGAAAGCCUUGAUCUUAGUCAAAAUUUGUUAGCAGCAGAGAUACCACCACAACUCGGAAAGUUGCAAAGGAUGGAGCUAUUGAACCUCUCUUACAAUUUGUUGUCAGGUUCCAUUCCAACUACUUUUGAUUAUUUAUCAAGCCUGACUGUGGUUAAUAUAUCCCAUAAUGAGUUAGAGGGACCAAUUCCCCACAAUAAAGCCUUUCAGGAGGCUUCAUUUGAAGCAUUUCAAAACAACAGACACCUGUGUGGCAAUAACACUGGACUAGAGGCAUGUGUCUCAGUUGCAAUCAACAAAUCUAUCAGAAAAAAGGACAGUAAACUGGUUCUUGUUAUUAUCAUUCCCCUCAUUUGCAGUCUGUUUCUACUUGGUGUCUUGGUUGGGGGUUUCUUGGUUCUGCGCAAAAGAAUUAGAAGCAGAGAAACUAACUCAGGGGAAGGGGAGCCAAGUGGUGAAGAUAUUUAUGCAAUAUGGGGUCGUGAUAAGGAUAUGCAAUAUGAAAACAUUGUUAAGGCUACAGAGGAUUUCAACUCCAAGUAUUGCAUUGGGGAAGGAGGAUAUGGAAUUGUCUACAAAGCUGUCCUGCCAACAGGUCGAGCGGUUGCUGUAAAGAAGCUUCACCAGUCACAAAAUGGAGAGAUAACUGAUUUCAAAGCGUUUAAAAGUGAGAUUUGUGUGUUGAUGAACAUUCAUCAUCAAAACAUUGUUAAGUUGCAUGGUUUUUGUUCACAUCCCAAACGCUCAUUUUUGGUUUAUGAAUUCAUAGAAAGAGGAAGUUUAAAAAAUACUUUAAGCAAUGAAGAACAAGCAGUGGAGUUGAAUUGGUUUAGGAGGCUAAAUGUUGUCAAGGGGAUAGCUAAUGCAUUGUCCUACAUGCACCAUGACUGCUCUCCUUCAAUCAUCCAUCGAGACAUUUCCAGUAACAAUGUUCUGUUGGAUUCAGAAUUUGAGGCUCAUGUCUCUGAUUUCGGAACAGCUAGGAUCUUGAUGCCAGACUCAUCAAAUUGGACCUCAUUUGCAGUCACAUUCGGGUACUCAGCUCCAGAGCUAGCUUACACGAUGAUGGUGAAUGAAAAAUGCGAUGUUUACAGUUUUGGUGUGGUGACAAUUGAAAUUCUAAUGGGAAGACAUCCAGGUGAUUUCAUUUCAUCUCUUUCAUCAUCAUUUUCAAUCCCCUCCUCCUCGCUGAUGGAUGAAAAUACACCACUCAAGGAUGUGAUUGAUCAACGCCUCCCAACUCCUCAAAACAAAUCUGCAGAAGGAAUAAUACAUAUUGCACGAAUAGCACAUGCAUGCUUGAAUGGCAACCCUCAAUCUCGGCCAACCAUGAAACAAGUUUCUUCCCACCUAAUGGAUAAAUGGCAUCCAUUGGCUAAGCCAUUCUCUGAAGUAAAAUUGGGAGAGAUUUAUUCUUUCAAGGAGGACUCAGUAGUGAAGCCUUAGGAAAACAAGAAUGUUUGAAAUGCUGUGUGUAUGAAUGCAUGUUUAGUUUCAUGCUUCACCCUCUUUGACUGCCGUUGUAUCAUAUGCUCC